CUUCCCCAAUCCCCACAAUCCAUUAAUUUGCCUUUGCUAUAUAAGGUUCUCUCAUCAUUCUCACAAAUAAUGAAUUACAAUUCCAAAACUCCAAUCUUUAAUCUUUCAACAUUCUCCCCACAUGUCUAUCACUAAUUCAAGGAGGCUUCUCCUUCCGGCCGUGACCGCCAGUCCGCCGGUGUCAGCGCAGCCGCGACCUGGGUUCGGGAGCUUCGACAUGAACGUAGUGAUGGUACUUUCAGUUCUCCUCUGUGCUCUAGUUUGCUCUCUGGGUCUCAACGCGCUCCUAAAAUGCGCGUUGCGGUGUUCCAGUUUGUUGGCAACGAUGUCGGGGGGACGUGGCGGUGGGAUUUUCGCGGUGCAUCCGAAAGGUGUUCGACGAAAUGUCUUAAAGAAAUUUCCGACGGUGGAAUACCCAAAAGAGGGGAACAAAUUAAGGGGAAUCGAUGGGGAAUGCGUGAUUUGUUUGUCGGAAUUCGAGGGUGGGGAUCGGGUUCGUGUAUUGCCCAUAUGCUUCCAUGGCUUCCAUGUUCAUUGCAUUGAUAAAUGGCUGAGUUCCCAUAAUUCUUGCCCCAAGUGCCGCAAUUGCCUCACUGACACUUGCCAUAAGAUCGCCUCUGGAGGCAGCCAGGAGGCGCCUGACGGCGAGUUCAUCGCUAUUGACCCGCCACCGCCGCCACCUCCGGGGGAGGAAGUGGUUGUGAAUGUUGUUAUUGCUCCGGUGGAACGGGAAGGUUUGGUAUGCAACUAUAGGUAAAGUAGUAGAUGAGAUUGAAGUGGUAAGUGGGGCUGUGGGGUUGGGCUUUUUUGUGAUUGAUGGAGCAUUUUGGUUCUUUUUUGCUUUAGCUUACAAGUAAGCAUCUUUUUUUUUUUUUUUAAUUAAUUAGAAUUAUUACAAGCCUAGCCAAGAUUAGGGUACUAAAUUCAAAUGUAAAUAUCUUUCCUCUCACACUCUUUUCCCCUCAAAUAAAAAGCU